AUGAAAAAACAAAUCCCUGAUCUCAGGGUGAUGACUCAAAUAAAUAAAUCUGUGGAAAAAGACAGUGCUGACAAAAAUCAGAGAAGUUGCUCUGAGAAAGUUAACAGAGAAAAUACCACUCGCAGUCAUGAAAGUACCAUUGUGAAACUACCGGUAAUAGCAUCAUUUGCAGGUACCACUAAAAAAGCUGUAAUGGCAAAGCGCCCAGCACCACCUCAGAAGCCAAGUUCCUGCAGAUGUAAUUCUGAUGUAUGUAGCUCCCCUACCUCCGUAGAAAAGACAAAACCUGUUAGUAAAGGAAAGGAUAGAGUGUGUAUGCUACAGAUGGAUGCCCAGAAAUUAAAAAGAAGUAAAACUGAGGAAAUAAAGACUGUGAUUAAAAACAGUGAUGAAUUGAGCUCUACAGAUUCUGAUACAAGUAAAAGAGUUUCAAGAAAGGGAGAAAUAACCAGGGAAAGCUGUACGAAGAGAAGCAAAUCAAUUUCAAAAGCAAAGCAAGAAGAUUUAAAUGUUGAAUCAGGAAGAGUGCUGAGAAAAGGAAGCAAGCAGCCAAGUGUGAGGUCUGCUCAAGAACAGUUGGAAGAGGCAGGAUAUGUGACUAGACCAGACACUUCAAAAAUAUAUAAGAACUUCCAGCAGAGCAAACCUGAAGAGCCUACUUCCACACCAGCAUCGCCUGUGAAAGUGGUUGCAAGGUCUAUUGAUGAAAUAAUUGCUUCCCCGCAGUCUACUUCUCCAUCUCCCUCAGACCAGAUGAUCAAAGAACUCCCGGAGAGUGUUCUUGGCCAGAACUACAACAUAAAAAUGGAAGCACCAAUUGAACAUGAGGAAAUAAAAACUGAAUGUCAAGCCCUGCCAAGUUUUCACCAAGCAAGCCUGGCUCUAUCCUUGGAUGUGCUACAGGUGGAAGGAAAAGCAAUACCAAAAAUUAAACAGGAUGAAGUUCAGAAAGAGCAGCAAGAGGAACACAACACACAACGAUCUUUGUCUCUUCAGGCUUCAAAUGUCAAAGAUCAACAUUAUCCAGACAUUCAUCAACUAUGUACUGCUUCUCCUAGAUUUGUAGUGCCUCCGUAUUUACAUCUGGUUUGCAGAGUUCAUCAUACUUUGGACAGAAUAGGUGAUAAUAUGUUAUUUACAGCAGAGGACAUGGACAAUAAAGAGGAAGAAUCAAUGUAUUCCAAAUAUAAUUAUUUGAAAGAGCAAGUUGAAAGAAAAAGAAUUUGUCAUGAAACUGUGCCUAUUUCAGAGCAAUUCCAGAAUAAGCAGAAAGAUGGGAUAUACUUUCUUUCCUGUCAUAUGUCAAAAAGUCCAACUGAAGACCAGAAAUUAGCUGGAUAUUGUCUUAAAAAGCCACAACUGCAACUGAUUGGAGAGAAAGUUUCCAUGUAUCCACAAGCUUUAAAAAUGCUCUGGGCUCCAGCUCCACCAAAAUUCUCUGCUCCAAUUAGUUCAUUAAAUGAAAUUUUAUUUCCUAAAUGUGAGAGAAAUGUUAUUGAAGAUGAUGUAUUUGAAGACUUUUUCAUUGAUGAUGAAGAGUUAGAAGCUGAGCAAGAUGAUAGUAUCUUGCAGGAUUAUGGACUGGCAAAAGGUUUUCUGAGAAGAUGCCAAUCCUUGCCUGAUUUUCCUCAGAGUGAGAGCUCAGAGAUGAGUUUGAUGAAAAGAUCAGUCUCAGCUCUGGAGAUGACUGCGUUCAAAGAUAAAGCUACAUUAACUAUGUCAGCUAGUUUCAAAACCAGCAUGAGAGAGUUGAAGAUUAUGAAGCAACGGAGAGCUGAGCCAGAGGCUGAGGCAGAGAUCAAGAAAAGCUCCCCUACCAAGCACUUGUUGAAUCAAAUCUGUGCUGUUACUCAGUCAAUGCAGACAGACAUACCAGCAGAAAAAAUGCCUACUUUGACUGGGCAAGAGGAUAGUGGGAAUGACGUUCUUGUGGAGCAACCUCAAAAAUCUAGGGUUAAACACACUGGUUUCCAAAGAAGAAGGAAAAGGAAAAAAAAGAAAUCAAAGAAAAGAAUAAACACUAGACAAUUAGAAGCUGUGAUUAAGAGAUUAAAUCUACCUCCAAAGAUUCUUAAAAGGUCUGUGUCUCUGGGAAGGCUUCCUAUUCAUGAUAAAUUCAGUAUCAAGGUGUCUUCAGCAAUCAAACAAUAUCAGAGCCCCAGCAUCCCUCUUUUGCUAGAUUUUGAAAAGUUUGCAAAAGUGAGGGGUGGAAUUCCAAAAGAAACUUCUACUCGCAUGUGGGUCAGUGAGAUAUGGAACUGCUGGUUGGAUGAAACUUUCCCUUCUUGUGGGACUGCUUCUGAGGAUAAGGAUGCUGAAUUACUAAAAGGAACUGAGCCAGCAGACUCUCAAGAAGCAAAUUUACAAAUAGAACUAGUUGACUCAAUACAGCCUGUUCUUCCUGAAGGUACAACAGUUAGUAUUGAAGAUUUAGAAAAAGAAGUAAGACAACUGACUGAGCUAAUUGAAGAGCAUCCUUCAGCUUUUCACUAUUGCAGACGUGGAGCAAUACAAAGAAAGUUAGGCAAGUUAAAAUCAGCUAUGGAUGAUUUGGAAAAAGCUAUACACUUAGAACCACUACUGCUUAAUGCUUACUGGCACAGACAUUUGAUUUACCUAUUUCAAGACAGAAUUUCUGCUGCUUUAGAUGAUCUGAAUUUUAUAAUUAAAUGGAGCAAAAAUAAAGCUGAUACAUACCUGUCAAUGGCUGAAAUUUAUAGGAAACAGGGUGAUAAUAAAUUGGCAAUCAUCAGUUAUAGCUCUGCAAUACAAUGCAGCCCUACAGAUGAUGACAUUUAUUUUAGGAGAGCUGAGUUGUAUUUUGAGGAAAAUAAAUUGUUAUUGGCCAUGGAUGAUUAUGCGAAGUGUUUCCAGUAUAACCCAAAAAGAACAGAUGCGCUUAUGAAACAUGGGUUACAUUUCUUAAACUGUUCAGUUGUGUCUACAGCUAUUCAGGAUUUUACAGCUGUGAUCAAGGAAGACCCCAGCAAUGCUCGGGCGAGGCUGUAUCGAGGAAGAGCAUAUGCUAAGCAGCAACAGUAUGGAGAUGCAGUACAAGACUUAGAAGCAGCAAUUCAUCUAGAUCCUUCUUGUUGGUUAGCAUUCUACUAUAGAGGUUGCAUACUACGACAGAUUGAUCCCAAAAGAGCUGUGCAGGACUUCAGUGUUUCUGUACUCAUCAAUGACACUCAGGAAAAUUUUCUUUCUUUUCUUCAUCGUGGGAUGGUUUACUCAGAACAGCAUCAAUGGUCCCUUGCAAUCUGUGACUUUCAAAGUGUCUUAGCUUUGGACAGCUCUGUCACCUUUGCUUACCUAAAUAUUGGUUUAAUACUGCUGCUGCAUCUCGAUCAAUACUAUGAAGCCAUUCGACAAUUUAGUAAUGCCAUUGAAACUGAUCCUCACUAUGUUCGAGCCUAUGUACUGAGAGCACAAGCAUAUCAUAAGAUUCAUAAUUUACCAAAUGCUGUGAAGGAUAUAAAUCGAGUCAUUCAUCUUUACCCUAAUAAGUCACCACUUUGCCUAUUAAGGGGACAGUAUUUAAUGGAGCUGAAGAAAUAUGAGCUAGCAAGUUUAUGUAUUCACCAACUUGCAGAAAUCAAUGAAGGUAACUCCUUUCUGUCUCAGCCUGUUCAGCAAGCACUCAUUCAGUCAUAUUGUCAAAAUCACCAUAAGGCCAUAGACUGCUUAUGUGAAGCGACUGCAACUCAGCCUGAGCCUUCGAUGCUUGUUCUUUUAGGGAAAAUAGAAAUGAAAGCCAAGAAAACAAAGGAUGCUGUGAGAACUUUUAAAAAAGCUAUGAACCUACUGAUGGCCUCAGCAAAAAUCCUACCUAAUACAUUUGAGGCUGCAGAAAUGUAUUAUCUCACAGGCCUGUGUUACAUGGAGCAAAAACGUUUGUCACGGGCCACUGAUGCUUUUGGUAUGGCUAUCAGACUACAUUCAAAUUACCCUGAUGCUUUUUAUUGGCGAGGGCUGUGUAGAAUGAAUCUCAGAAAUGCUAAGUGCAUCCAAGAUUUCAAUCGAGCACUUGCCCUUUGUCCGUCACAUUUCCAGGCAUAUAUGGGUCGUGCUGCUUACUAUGGAAGUAAAGGCAGAUAUUCUAAGGCAAUUCUGAAUUGCAAUGAGGCAAUCAAAAUUCUUCCUAACAGCGUGCGUGCUCAUUUUUACCGAGGAACUUUAAAGUAUCAAAAUAAGACAUUUAAAGCUGCCAUUGAAGAUCUUUCGAAAACUAUUGACCUCAACGAGACCUGCAUUGUGGCAUAUUAUAACAGAGCCAUCUGUUAUCAUCAAAUAAAGGACUUCAGAAAGGCUUUGAAAGAUUAUGGAAUUCUUCUUCGGCUUGAACUGAGUAAGGAAAUAGCUUUUAAAGUGUUAGUAAAUCGUGGACUGCUCUACAUGGAACUUGAGGAUUACACUAAUGCAUGUCAGGACUUUAAAGAAGCAACAUUGCUUAGUCUAGCUGACAACCAGAUCUUUCAAGCUUUGGGAAUCUGCUACUAUAGACUUCGUGAAUUUGAAGAAGCUGUGAGAUCAUUUGACCAGGUUCUCAAACUAGAUCCUCUUUCUGUGGAUGCCUAUGUUGCACGAGGAAUUUCAUACAUGGAAUGUGGCCAUGAAGAUGGCUGUAAACAAGCACAGAAAGAUUUCUUGAGAGCAGUUCACCUGAAUCCAAAUUGUAUAAAAGCUAGAAUUUGUUUAGGAUACAACUUGCAGGCCCUUGGAAAGCUUCAGAGAGCUUGGAGCCAGUUUACAGUUGCCAUUUGCAUUGACCCAGAUUGCCGUGCUGCAUAUGAUGGACGAGCUUCAAUCUGUCUUCAAAUGGGUGAAACUUUUGCUGCAUUUCAAGAUACAAAUGCUGCAUUAAAGCUUACUACCACUGCUCCACUGCUAACAAAUCGAGGUGUCAUUAAUCAGUUAAUGGGACAUCUGCCCUGUGCCAUGAAGGACUAUCAACAAGCAAUUUCUGUUGACCCCAGCUAUGCAUUAGCUUAUUUCAAUGCAGCCAAUAUCUACUUCCACAAUAGGCAGUUUACACAAGCCUAUUGCUAUUAUUCCAAGGUAUUACAACUUGACCCAAUAAAUGAAUCUGCUAUUCUGAAUCGUGCUAUUACAAAUACAUUACUGAACAAUAUUGAAGAAGCAAAAGAAGACUUUGAGAAAGCAAUUUGUCUCUGCCCAUCCUCUGCAGUAGUGUAUUUUAACAGAGCCAACUUCUAUAAUGGAUUAAAGCAAUAUAAACUAGCUGAGGAAGACAUUUCAACAGCAUUGUCAAUUCAGCCUGAUGAUGCCUUGAUGUAUAAAUUUAGAGCUGAUAUUCGUGGUAAACUUGGUUUCAAUAAAGAGGCUGUAGAAGACUACAAACAAGCAAUCAGCAUUGAAGAACAGAUUGGUUCCACGUGAAAAGCUACCAGUUCUCAUGCUACUUGGCUUCUAAUAACAGAAUUCCCAGA